AUGGCUCACCGACUUGCUCUAGCGUCAGCUGCCCGCCUCCGCGUAUCCCACGCGCGUCUCUUUUCGAGCGCGGCUUCAUCGGGUCUCGAUCGCGUUCAAACCGUCGAAAACUACGAACACGUCCUGAACACCUUUGCGCAGGUCCGUGCUUGCGCCGUUCUCCGGACCGCUACUUCGGAUGAUUGCCCCAAGGCCAUGCAAGCCGCCAUUGACGGUGGUUUCCAGAUCUGCGAGUUCACCCUCACGACUCCCAACUGUCUGCAGCAUCUGGCCGAUUUCCGUGCCAAGUACGAUGGCAAGGUCAUGAUUGGAUGCGGGACCAUUCUGACGAUCGAUGAUGCUGCCGCUGCUGUCGACGCAGGCAGUGAGUUUAUCAUCACUCCCGUCAUGCUUCCCGACGUUAUUGAGUGGUGCAAAGAGCGCAACAUUGUCUCCGUGCCCGGAUGCCAAACGCCCACGGAACUCGUCAACGCGUAUCGUCACGGUGCUCCCUUGCAAAAGCUAUUCCCCGGUGUCGCGGGUGGACCCGGUUGGGUCAAAGCCGUCUCGUCGGCGUUGCCCUUUUUGAGCAUCAACCCCACGUCUGGGGUGGACCUCGACAACGCCGGGGAGUUCCUUAAGAACGGAGCCGCCUCCGUGGGACUCGUCGCACCCCUCUUUGAUCCCGUCGCCGUCGCGAAUAAGGACUGGGACCAGAUUGCUCAGAACGCCGCCAAGGUCAUGGCCAAUGUGCGUGAAGUCGGACCCUACCAGCGAAAGAAGUAA